AUGGCUUUGAAUGUUUACCAGGUUGAAAGCGAGGCAGCAGUCCUGAAGUGGUCUGAGUCAGGAAAUAAGGGAAACCAAUGGAUUGAAGGAGAAGUAGACCUUGAGCUCUCUGCAGAUUCUCGGAUCUUCUUUGAAGCAGUCCGGGGCAAUGACUACCGCAGUGAUGUUGCUGUGGAUGAUAUUUCCUUCCACGUCGGAUGUUGUGGAGGUCGUGCCACAUGCAGCGCUUCAGGAGAUCCUCACUAUAAUACUUUUGACACACGUGUUCAUCACUUCAUGGGAACUUGCACGUAUCUGCUCUCCAAGCUAUGCAGUGAAGCUUCAGGCCUUCCUUACUUUAGUGUGUCAACAACAAAUGAGCACAGAGGUACCAACGCCAAAGUGUCCUGGAUAAAUUCUGUGCACGUGUUUGUAUAUAACAACACAAUUUCAAUCAUGAAAAGUCAUAAAGUCCUGUUGAAUGGAGAACGAGUAAACCUGCCUGUGUCUGUCAUGGACCUUCUGGUGGUACGGAUGAGCGGCGCCUAUGUUUCACUGGAGACUGACUUUGGUUUGUUGGUGAGGUUUGAUGGUAUCCACCAUGUUGAUGUGUCAGUGCCAUCUACAUAUUCUGGACUGCUUUGCGGCAUAUGUGGUAACUACAAUGGUGACCGUAAUGAUGACAUUAUGAUGCCUAAUGGCAGCCUUGCAGCAGAUUCUAAUAUGCUUGGAGAGAGUUGGCAAGUGUAUAAUGGAGAGACUGAACGUAUGAAAGCUGGUUCACAAGAGAAAAUUGCACUGAGCGUUGUACAUGCUUGGGCAAAAACGUCACUGUCUGUGCAGCAUGGAAGUGUGGAAUGCAUGAGAAAUGUGAAAGAUGGGAUGGAGAGCUCGGCUGUCAGAUGGCAGCUGGACGGAGUAAGGGCCCGCACACCAAUCCCGGGUCAUGUGAAAGGUAUAAACAUUAUAACAAAUGGUAUCUACACAAUGGUUGAGACAGAUUUUGGCAUGUCAGUGAAAUUUGACGGCAGUCGCAACCUGGAGAUCAGUUUGCCUAACUCAUAUUAUUCAAAGGUGUGUGGCUUGUGCGGUGAUUACAAUGGCCAGCAGGUUGAUGAGUUUCGAAUGCCCAAUGGUCAUAUUGCACCCAGCGCUAAUCACUUUGGAAACAGUUGGCAAUCAAAGGAAUUUGGCAGUCAAGGCUGUCUGCCAAGAAACCAACAACAAGUGGACGUUCUUUGCACUCCAAGAGAGAAGCUGAUGUUUGAGUCCCAGUGCCAGGAACUGCUGUCCAAUAAGUACAAGUCUUGCCAUCCCCUUGUUAAUCCAGAUCUCUUCAUCAAGAACUGCGUGCAAGAUAUGUGCAAAUACAAUGGUUUGCUGCCAGCACUCUGUGAUAACAUCCAACAUUACGCUGAUGCUUGGUUCAGUAAGUGCACUGCUGGGGGAAACCCAUAUUACUUGGCUUUUGAUGGUUUGGUCCAUCACUUUGCGGGUGAGAAUCGAUACACUCUGGCAGAAACAUUUGGCGUUCCUGAUAGACUGCAGGAGUUCAGGAUUCUUGGCAAAAAUGCACCUCAAAAGGAAAAGAAAGAGACUGCUCACCUGCAAGAGAUCAUUAUUGAAGUCUACGGCCACACUGUUCACUUCGAGGAUAAACAAAAACUAGUGGUGGACGGUGAACUGGUAAAGCCUCCAAUUCAGCCUCAUGAUGGUCUGAGGAUAUACCAAAGUUCCAACAGGCUUCGCCUGGAAACAGACUUUGGCCUAGCUGUCAGCUUUCAUGAGAAAGCUUACUCAGACUAUAACUACAACAACAUCUUUGAGCAGUUCCUUCAUGAGAGCAGGCAGUGGUGGGACUACCUCGUUGGCCUCAUGGCUAUCAAGAGGCGAGCUUCUAGCUGUGAGGAAGCACGGCCCUCCUGCUCACAUGAGCCCCUCCCUUGCAACACCAUGGGGCACAAGAGGCACAAGAAGUCCUACGCCCACUGCAAGAGGAAACGCGUGCGCUACCUGGAGCCCGACGAACAAGAGAUCCUGAGCCGCCUUUGCUGUAACUACGACCCACACAAGUUCACGAGGGCAGAGUGGACAAUAAACUUGCAGGGAUACGCGCCUGGUGAAAGGAGACCUGGGAACUGCUCCACUGCCUGCAAACACUCACGCAUGACUAUGAACAUGUAG